GCGUGGCUUGUUCUGAAGUGAAAGUAGAAGUAGUAACAGACACAAAGCGCGGACAGUCUGACCGUGUGUCGAAGUUUCUAACUUUAGUUGAUUACUCAGUUUGAUCUUCAUCAUCAGCUGCUCUUCCUCACAGUGAAGAUGAUGAGCAGUGUGAACAGCUGUGAGCAGCAGGGGGGGGGCUUCAGCUUCGAGAACAGCCGCAGAAACGGCGUGUUGGAGUCCACUUUGUCUGAUCUCGGCUACAAAUCUCCCAAAGCCAGAAAGACGGGGACGACGAUCGCCGGGAUAGUUUAUAAAGACGGCGUGAUUCUGGGAGCAGACACCAGAGCCACAGACGACAUGGUGGUGGCCGACAAGAACUGCAUGAAGAUCCACUUCAUCGCUCCACACAUCUACUGCUGUGGAGCGGGCGUGGCUGCAGAUGCUGAUGUCACCACGCAGAUCAUGGCGUCCAACGUGGAGCUGCACACACUGAACACUGGGCGACCGGCGCUGGUUGCCAUGGUGACCCGGCAGCUCAAACAGAUGCUGUUCAGGUAUCAGGGUCACAUUGGAUCGUCUCUGAUCGUAGGGGGGGUGGAUGUGACCGGAGCUCACCUGUACGCUGUUUACCCUCACGGCUCGUAUGACAAGCUGCCCUUCGUUACCAUGGGCUCUGGAGCUGCAGCUGCUGUCUCUGUGUUUGAGGAUAGAUUCAAACCAAACAUGGAGUUGGAGGAGGCGAAGACGUUGGUGCGGGAUGCGAUCGCUGCAGGUAUUUUCUGUGACCUGGGCUCAGGUAGUAACGUUGACCUGUGCGUUAUCACUGAGAGGGGGGUGGAGUACCUGCGAGGAUACGACCAGCCCACCACCAAAGGGAAGAGAGAGGGACAGUACAGAUAUAAACCGGGCACCACGGCCGUCCUCACUCAGACUGUGACGCCGCUGAACUUGGACGUGGUCGAUGAAUCUGUGCUCGUCAUGGAAACACAAUAACAACGUGAUCACUCGUCUGUCACUGAUUAAAGAUCUCGUUAAAGAAC